AUGCCUAUCGUAAUCGACUCUGUUAAUAUGCUUGAGGAUGUCAUUCUCCUCGAUAUUGACAAUGUUGUUCCUUCAUGGAACACAUACUGCUUUGCACUGGAUAUCCACUCUCCUGGAUGCAAGAGAAUUGUUUUAUGCUUCAGAGAUGCCCAGAUACUCAAGUUGAAAAAUGGUAAGGAUGAGGAAGACAACUCACCAGUAUCGGAAGACAAGGAAGAACAGUUGGUGGUCGAGACAUUGGAAGACGAGUCCGAAGAGGAAUUGGUGGUCAAGAAAGAGGAAGAAGAAGACAAGUGUCCCCAGGCCAUUCCUCUCAGCGCCUCUCCAUGUAACCUCCUUAGCAGGCGCCUCGAAAACCCCAACCCAGAUCCAGACAAUCCCACUGCGCCUUGGUGCUAUCUCCUGCAUCCAAUUGGUCCAUCCCAUCUUAGUGCCAAAGCGGAGAAAAGAGAUGCUGACGAGCAGGAGCUCCAGCAGAGGUUCACAAAGUGGCGUAAAGUUUAA